AGGAAAUCAAAAAUAUAAAUGAAAUCCCCUGUGCUUGACAGAACUUGCUUCAAUUUCUUUCUCCAAUGGAGGAGCUCUCCAAUAUCAACCGUUUACGCCACCGCGAACAGCUGCCGCAAACUCAACAAACCUCCUUGAGGCCCAAUUCCAGCACCACUACUAGGGCCUAUCAAGAAACGGAGCACGAAGAAGAUGAAUUGAAUCGAGACAGCUCAUUUUUGCUCGAUUUCGAUUCAUUGGAUCCACACAGUAAUUCGAAUUCCUAUUUCUUUAUACCGGAUGAAUACAACGCUAGUUCCAAUUUUGGUUUCAAUUUUAAUGCAGAACCCGAUAGCUGGGUUUGCGAGUAUUCGGAUUCCUUACCUGACCGAAAUUGCCGUUUAUGUCGAGAAGGAUACGACGAGCCGAUGAAUUUUGUUACCGAUCUGUUCGAGUCCCGCGAAGCCCAAAUUCUGGAUGACCCAAUUCGGGAGUUCGAUUCAGGUCUGUCGGAGGAUACGAGGAUGGAAUUUGGGUUCGGUCCGGGACUUGGUUCGGAUUCGAUCCCGCUGGAGCUUGGGAUUCGGGUUGAGGGUUCGAAUGCGGAGUCUGAUUUCGGUGAAUUUGAUGUAAAUUCUGGGUUUAUUGUUAAUGAUGAUGACAAUUACGAGAGCUUUGGGGUGAAUGAAUAUCGUAUUAUUGAAAACCAAAGAGAAGAGUUUGAGUGGGAGGAGGUCAGUGAGAGAAACCAAUUUGACGAGAGAGAGAAUUUUGAUUCCGUGAUUGAUCGAAUUGGGGGAGUCUUGGUUUCUUCAAAUGUUCCAUCCCCAGAAGGCGAGAAUUCAUUCUUAGAUGUAGCAGAAGGCGAAUUAGAAGAAGAUGACGCAGAAGAAGAAGAGAGAAAUGUCGAGUGGGAAGUGCUCAUGACAGCAAAUAAUUUGGAUAGUGAUUUUGGUUUCGAGAACCAGGAAGAAUAUAACAAUGAUCGUGAAUUUGCUCGUUUUGAUCUUCCAGAUGAUUAUACUUUGACGAUGGAACAAUGGGUGGAGAAUGAGAAUGCUGUAAAGAUUGGUCUUCCUGCGUCAAAAUCCGUGGUGGAGAAUUUGCCUUCAGUGGUGUUGACAGUUGACGAAGUUCAGAAGAACAAUGAUUCUGUUGUUUGUGCAGUUUGUAAGGAGGAUGUUGCAGCUGGAGAAAAGAUAACUAGAAUGCCUUGCUUCCAUCUUUAUCAUGGAGACUGCAUUUUGCCAUGGCUUGAGAUAAGGAAUACAUGCCCUGUUUGUAGGUACGAAUUGCCUACAGACGAUGCAGAUUAUGAGAAGAGGCAGAGGGAUAGCCGAUUGGGGUGGUGAUGGAGUUGAUCAUCUCUUGGUCGAUGAUUCUCAGUUUCAAUUAUAAUGACAUUCGUGAAGCAAGCAUGGGAAAUUGCUAGUGGUGGUUUACUCUUGAUUCUCAUCAACUGCUGUUUGAUAGAAGCACAGUAUCUUCUCUCGCGAUUCUAGUCGCAGCUUAUUAGGACCUACUCAAUUUAUUGUAGAAAUUUUUGGAUCAAUUAUUAGACCAUGCAAACUAGAAAGAGUCGGCGCAUGGUCUUGAAUGAUCCAUAGGCUUUGGGCUUCGAUGGCUGGAACUAGCCUAAACUAAAGGGUGCAUUCCUAAGGAGAAGCGUAGGCUCGGUGCUGAUCUAUCAACAACUUCCUGCAUUUUGUUUGUGUACUAGGCUGAAAAUGUUCUGGAAUUAGAGUCAAGUGUUCAGAUGAGCAUGGUGACCUUUCAAUAACUUAGUCCAUGUAAUUUUGGGUCAAGCUGGAGAAUAAUUCCAGACUCGGAAACACGCGACUUGAAUAGCUUUUCUAGUCAUUUUAUUAGUGAUUACGAUAAAUAAAUUGUUAUGGGAUGGAGACCUUAUGUAGUAUUUUACCAAGUCAUUUAAUGGAAUAUUUGGAGUUUUUCUACU